CGCAGGCCCCUAGCCUGGGGAGAGCCGUGCUCUCCCUCAACGACCACCUGUAUAAACCCCGGUGACACGCCCGUCGCGCUUCCUUGCGUGAAAGAUUCCUUACUACAAUUCCUCACGAGGGCGAUCCCCGGCCCCCGCCAAGGACAUUCACACUCUAGACCCUGGAAGUGCAGUUGGCUUUCUCUUCCGCUCACUCCGUCCACUCCUUCACCCACCUUUUCUCUCCUUCUACAUAGUUCUCUGCCUUUUCCCUUCGCGCCAUCGCGCCAGUUCGCAGCCCCUCACCGUCUCCCACGUUUCUCCUUUGAGAAAAUCCAAGCUUCGAGCUUGGAAGAAGUCCAGAGCCGAUCGCCAAAAUGUCCAGCCCUACACCGAAUGACUCCGGGGCAGACCCCACCACUCCUCUUGAGGCCUACCUCAACACCACCGCCACGGGAGGAGACUCUCUAUAUGACAAUCUUAAUGUGUUCUACAAUCCGGGCGACAUCGCUUGGAUGAUUACGGCCACCGCUCUUGUGCUUCUUAUGAUUCCUGGUGUUGGCUUCUUUUAUUCGGGUCUCGCGCGCAGAAAGUCAGCCUUAUCGCUCCUAUGGCUGUCUGUAAUGGCUACAGCAGUAGUGACGUUUCAAUGGUUCUUCUGGGGCUUCUCUCUCGCCUUUUCGAAAACGGCUGGCAGCUUCAUUGGAAAUCUGGAUAACAUCGGCUUCAAGGAUGUGCUUGCGGCUCCAUCCGUGGGCAGCCCUCGCAUUCCCGACCUUCUUUUCGCCGUCUAUCAAGGCAUGUUCGCUGCUAUCACCGUCGCGCUGGCUGUUGGUGCUGUUGCAGAGCGGGGCAGAAUGCUGCCCUGCAUCAUCUACAUGUUCAUCUGGUCGACCGUCAUCUACGAUCCGAUCGCCUGCUGGACGUGGAACGCCUCGGGCUGGUCCUACAAGAUGGGUGGCCUUGACUUCGCUGGUGGAACUCCUGUCCACAUUUCGUCGGGGACUGCCGCACUCGCCUACUCGUACAUGCUCGGAAAACGUCGAGGCCAUGGCACCCAGGAACUCAACUACCGUCCUCAUAAUGUUACACACAUUGUGAUAGGAACCGUCUUCCUGUGGGUUGGAUGGUUCGGCUUCAAUGCCGGUUCAGCGCUUUCCGCCAACCUUCGCGCGGUCAUGGCCGCCGUUGUCACCAACCUCGCGGCUUGCAUGGGCGGAGUUACCUGGUGCCUUGUCGACUACCGUCUGGAGCGCAAGUGGUCAACCGUCGGCUUUUGCUCCGGCGUCAUUGCCGGGCUUGUGGCCAUUACACCUGGAUCUGGCUUUGUCCCGGCUUGGGCUGCCGUGGUGUUUGGCGUUUGUGGAGGCAUCGCGUGCAACUAUGCUACGAAGCUCAAAUACUUCCUCCGAUGCGACGACGCGCUUGACAUCUUCGCUGUGCAUGCCGUUGGAGGAUUUGUUGGAAACAUUCUGACCGCCUUCUUCGCCGCCGAUUACAUUGCGCAUCUCGAUGGCUACACCCCAAUUGACGGCGGAUGGCUCAAUCACCACUGGAUCCAACUCGGCUAUCAACUUGCCGACUCAUUCGCGGGCGGCGCCUACUCCUUCGUCGGAACCUGCCUCAUCCUUGGCUGCCUCGACUUCAUUGGCAAGUUCCUUCCCAUGUUCAAGCUCCGUGCUAGCGAAGAGGAGGAAGUGCUCGGCAUUGACGACGUCGAAAUUGGCGAGUUCGCUUAUGACUACGUCGAGCUCACCCGCGAUGUGAAGCUUCCCGAGGAUGACAUCGACGAGGGCAUGUCCUCCCACUCCCUGGAGCCCCAUGCCUCUGCGAUGGGCGUCCACCACGAGAAGAACCAGGAUUCUGUCGACUCCAACCAGCUGGCCGAGUGGGCACACCGCGCAUAGUCGAUUGUUUUCCUUCAGCACCCGCUCGAUACCAUUGCUUUAGGCUGGAGUUGCAGGUCGUAAUUUGGAGUUAUCCUUUGCUUAAUGCGGAAGAAGAGAUGAGUGACGUUGGAUGGACGAAGAUACCGAGUCGUGGUUAGAACAUGGCAUUGGAUAUGGAUAGGUUCAUUCUGGCUCAGGAAAAUCCGGCUUGGUAAAAGGACUACAUUACCGGGCGCGAUUUUCCAACUUCUCAGCGCGACAUUGUUCCAAGGUUCUGUUCUUUGUAUAAUAGAUUGAUCGUGAGGCUAAGGAACAAAUCCUUGAAAGUGAUACUUCACUCUCCUCUGGACAUACUUCUUCGUCUGAUGCUUUUAUUAGAAAAUGCUUUUAUAAGGAGCACCCGAUUCUAGAAUAUGAUAUCCGCAUC